AUGAGCGGGGUGGGGAUGGCAGCUGGGGCGCGGCCCCCGAGUUGGGCCAACCCGGGCUCCCGGGGCCUGUCGCGGGUGCGCCCGCGGCCACCGGCGGCUCUGCAGGCGGUGGGGCCGCAGGGCGCGCAGGCCGGCCUGAACGAGGCGCAGAAGCGCGUCCUGGACCUGGAGAAGAGCCUGCAAUUCCUGCAGCAGCAGCACUCGGAGACGCUGGUCAAGCUCCAUGAGGAGAUCGAGCACCUGAAGCGCGAGAACAAGGAUCUCCACUAUAAACUCAUUAUGAAUCAGAAGCCACCCAAGAAAGGUAGCAUCUCCACGUUGAGUUUUCAGUCCAACAAGUCUCCCUCCAACUCAACUGUGUCAGUUGGUUCCCAAGGCAAGGUCAGAUCCCAGCAUGGCUCCUUUAAGAAGCAAGACUUGAAAGCCGACCCCUAUUCAAAAAUGGACCUGGACGAGGAGCCCCUGGGUGCCACCAAGGUUCACAAUGACAAGCUGGAACGAGGCUCUGGGGCACAGACCAGAGAUGAAGAUGCUGAGACUGGCACAGCAGCAGCCACAGGGCUGGGGGGCGGGCAGCACAGAGGCAAGCCAGCUGUGGGCAUGGCGCCCCUGGCAAGCCUGCCCCCGCACCUGCGGAAGGCCACCACGGUGCAGCAGUGUGAGGUGGUCAUCCGGCAGCUGUGGAAUGCCAACCUCCUGCAAGCUCAAGAGCUGCAGCACCUCAAGUCCCUCCUGGAAGGGACCCAGAGGCCCAAGGCUGUCACAGAGGAGGCCAUUCCUAGCUCCCCAAAAGAGCAGGAGGCCUCACAGCUCCCCAAGCUGUCCACCUCCAAGGGCGUGGCUAAGAAAUGUCUCAUCCUGAGCCCCAUGCCAGUGGCCGAGUGCUCCAUCCUGCCUGCACUGAAGCAGACCCUGAAGAGCAACUUUGCGGAGCGGCAGAAGAGGCUGCAGGUGGUACAGAACCGGCGCCUGCACCGCUCAGUGCUCUGAGCCAGGACCACCUGCCUGCAGCCCCAAGCCAGCCCCACUCCAUAG